AUGGAACAAUCACGACAGCGCUUCGCCUGCGACCGUUGCCAUACGCUGAAGCUUCGAUGCCCGCGCGUGGAAUCGACGGGCGCCUCAUGUGCACGGUGCUCCAAGGCUGGCAGUCUCUGCGUAUUUUCUGCACCCGCGCGAUUGGGACGGCCGCUAGGAUCGUCCCAGAAAUCACUAAACAACAAUACUGCUCCCGCCAACCAUCAUCAGCCGACCGCAAAUGAUGCCGUGCUGAUGGAACACAUCGGUACCAUCUCCAACGACAACAACGAUGGUACAGACUCAACCACGCCAUUGGACGAUUUUCUCCCAGAUAUGCUGUCUACCGAUGCCGCUUCCAUGGAUGCUUGGAAUAAUGCCUCAGUGUUGCUCGAUAAUGGUCAAAUGUCAGUCGUAGCCCAACACGAUCUGCCUUUGGGACCUCUGCAAUUCAGCCCGACCCACAAAUUCAGCACAAGCCGUUGCUCUGCUGUGUCACCCGAGCAUCAGCGACACCUGUCUAAUACCAUGUUAGAUCAGUAUGAGGUUGGGAACACUGUGGAAAAGUGCCUCGAGUGUAGCACAGCCAUGAUGCAGACCGCUGCCCUGGAUGCCGACGGGGACACCAUUCAGGACAUUAUGUCUCAGCUCUCUUCUCUCAUUGUUGCUAGUCAUGGGCAUAGGAGACUGGCUGACGGCCAGCUACGCCUCCUUCAGCUCCGCCUUAAACACAAGCAUGCUGUCGUCGACGAAGCUUUAAGUCGGUCGGUAAUACCCGAAGACAUGACCACAGCUAGCGACUAUUUUACCACUCGGAACUUGAUAAGAACACAGCAGUCAUUCAGGGAUGUCAUUCGGCGGGCGACGAGGGUGACGACUGACAGUGACGGACAUUUCCCAUCGCCUGUUGCGAGCUCGUCUCGUGGCGAUAUUGAUGCUGCACCGAGUAGUCAAUCUUUCGGCACCAUCGACAGGCGGUAUACUACAAAGUCGACAAACACUAGCCCAACCCAACGCCAACCCACAAUGGAGCAAAGUAAGACCAGUCAAUACAAUGAUUACCGGAACGAAACGUCUCACAGCUGUGUGCUGGCAUUGAAGCUGAUUCUCAACUGCUACUCAGAGAUCCUCGAUAUCUUUGCCACGACGUUUGCCAUGAUCGAAACCACCAUCAACCAUUAUCCUUCGUUCCUACCAAUUAGUCUGACAGUCCCAGCUUUUCUACCGAGCUCAGGAAACAUGAUGGAUGCAUCUUUCUCGAUAUUUACUGCCAACCAGCUCACACAACGGCUUUUCGAGAUGACGAAAAAGGAUAUGCAAGAUAUGUGGGAUCGUCACAAUGCACAUUUGCUGCAAGCCGAUGGAGAUUCAAGUAGCGGUGAUAUGCCUCCAAGAAGAGUUCGCAGCAGCUUACAAGACUCGGUCAUCCAAAUGACUUUCCAGUUAAGCUGGGAGAAAGAGGCCUCUAUAGCGCGAGUAAUAGAGGAUAUAGGCGAAAAGCUGAAUGAACUCAUGGAUAUGUCCUGA